CCUAUGGCACGGGGACAGAGCCCACAGUGGCUGUCACACUGGGCAAACAUCACAUCCUGCUGCAGCUGGGCAGGCAGAGCUGAGCCCGGAGGGACAGGGAGGAGAAAGGCUCAACACAAACCAUUUGAGUCUUCCAAACCACUGGCAGAGGGAAAAGAUGCUGCAGCUGAAGAAGAGCUUUAAAGUCUUCAUUGUGUUGCUCUCAGUGGCUCUUGGUGGUUUCUGUGGGGCUGUCCUGUCAGAAUGGUCACCGUGGACAAAGGGACUCGUGGAGAAGAUGCAAAGUGUAUUUCCAGCAGGACUGAAACCCUUUUGGAAUUCACACACUUUGAUUGAAACCCAAAAGUUGCAGAAUCUGCUGGAAGAGGUCACUCAGCUGAGGGUGGAGAUCAAUAGUUUGAAGGAAUUCAGCCAGAUGGCUAUGGAACCCUGUGUCAAGACAGACUGGGCCCUGAAGAGCUCUGGAGCCACCAUUGACACCCAAAGAACUUCCCAGACCUAUGACUGCAAAGACAGUUUUCUCUGCAGGAUUUUACGCUUAUUCUGGACUGCCAGCCCUCCUGAUACUAUCCUGCAGCCAAAUAUUUUCCCAGGAAACUGCUGGGCUUUCAAAGGGCACCAAGGCCAAGUUGUCAUCAAGUUGCCAGCACGAAUCUGCCUGACUGCCAUCACAGUGCAGCACAUCUCCAAAGAUGUCUCUCCAAGUGGGACCAUCAUCAGUGCCCCCAAAGACAUUGCUGUCUUUGGAGUGGAUGCAGACAGAGAAGAGGAAACUCUCCUGGGGGUGUUCACCUACAAUGUGGAAAAAAACCCCACACAGACUUUCCCUCUGAAGAACAUGCUGCUCCCCAGAGCCUUUUCACAUGUCAAACUUCUUGUGAAAAGCAACUGGGGAAACCCCUGGUACACCUGCAUUUACCGAGUAAAGGUUCAUGGAAAGAUGGAAAACCAGAAAGUCUCAACCCAGGGCCAAGAUAAAUAAAGAAGAAAACUCAAAAGAAGAAGAAAGGGCAGGGGGAAGAAGGGAAAUGGGGGGAAUGAUGUGGCAACCUAAUGUUGAUUUUAGAGGAUGCAUGUGGGACUGUGUCAGGUGAGAUUUAGGUAAGAUAUUAGGAAUUAUAGAAUCAUUUAAUCCCCUCUGUUGAAAGGGACCCACAAGGAUCAUCAAGUCCAACUCCUGGCCCUGCACAGGACAGCCCCAACAACCACACCAUGUGUCUGGCUGCUGGUUCAGUGCUGUGACCAGCUCCCUGGGAAGCCUGUUCCAGUGCCCAACCACCCUCUGAGUGAAGAACCAUUUGGGUAAAGAACCUUCUGGGUGAAAAACCUUCUGGGUGAAUCAGAAUCUGCUGAGUUGGAAGGGACACACAAGGAUCAUCGAGUCUAAAUGCUACAACUCCUGGCCCUGCACAGGACAGCCCAACAACCACACCAUUGUUUCUGACAGCUGGCUUGGUGCUGUAGCCAAUUUGGUGAGGAACCUGUUCCAGUACCUGACCACGUCCUGGGUUCUGGUUCUUCACCCAGAAGGUUCUUCACUCAGAAGGAGAAGGUUCAUUACCCAAAGGUUCCUCACCUGUUUUUUCUGGACAGUUGCAGGCUUUUCAGGAGGGGUAGGCAGGACAGAAGAGUUGUAGGGGUCCCUUCCAUGUCAGGGGUUCCAUGGUUCCAUGAUUCCGUGACUCUAUGACCAGUUGUUUCCAACCCAUCUCUUGUAAACCUCUGACACAGUGCUGUAUGUGUCCUAUCCCACAAACAGAGUGGAAGCCACAAGUCCAGGGUUUAAGACAAUGGCAGAAUGCAUGGAAACACCUACUCCUUGACCAUGGAUGUGCAGUGAGAGCCUAAUUUGUGCCAGAGCCUAGCACUAUUGACUAAAAUAAAUAAAGCCAUGCCCUGGGAAUUGUA